AUGGGAGAUAAGCAUCAAUGGACCAAUGAGCAAUCAAAAUGCUUAGUGGAUACUUGUAUUGAAGAAGUAGAGAGUGUUGGGGCAUUCGAAGGCUGCUUCGUUAAAAACAAUGCCACUGCCUUUUCAGAUUUUUGUGCUUGUCUUUUAGAUGGAAAUAGUGCCACUGAUAAUUGUAGGAGUUACUCAACCCAAUCAUCUUCAGUAGAUGGAGCAUCCUCUUGUCGUCUUCCAUCACUUCAGAUUACGGCCACCACUUUUCUUGCAUUAGAUGAUGAUGGUGAUGAUGCUUCCCAUCAUGCUAGUGAGCCUUUUUGUGAGCCACUGCCUUCUGUUGCUUCACCUUCUGUCGCUUCACCAUAUACUGCUUCACCAUCCGGUAACCCCAACAAAAGGGCUAAACCCUCAACUGUAGCACCUGGUUCCUGGUAUGUAAAUCUUAUUUGA